CUACGUGCCAACGAAUCGCAGAGUUUGAACCACCAAUUCCCAUUUGCUCUACACUAUCCACACAGCCUGGUGGGGAAUAUGGCGUCAUUUGUGUGAUUUUGAUUUAAUGGCGGUGGCGAUUCCAAAUCAGUAGCUGCCACAACGCGAACUGGACGGACGCGACCAGUAAAUUACAUAUCCGCAGUAAUGUCCACGACGUCGGAAUCCGCCAGAGCGGGUCUGGGCAAUGCCGCCAGCAUGGCGAAUCUGGCCAAGAUUGUCAAUCUCAUCGAAUCGAAUGUGAAGAGCGAGGAGGUGGAGGUGCUUGAGGAUGCGGUCAGGGGAUCAACCGGAACCGGAAGUGGCAGCAGCGUCCGCUUGGCCAGCAGCAGUGCACCGCGUAGGAGUGCCUGUGCCACAUCGUAUGUGCCCAAGUCACCGCAGCUGGAGGAGAUUGUGUUCGCAGAGCCCACGUGUACCGAGCGAUUUGCCCGAUACUUCGUGAUCGUGAUCUAUUUGUGCGGGCUCUGCAGCCUGGGCUUCUUCCUGUCCAUCUACCACAUCUUCUUCUGGGACUCACGUAUGCCACCCGUUUACAAGGGCCAGAAGAAGGGUCCUGCCUUCGGCUAGAGCAGCCUGGUUACACAUCCACUUCAUUCAUCGAAAUAUUUCCCAACUUAGUGAAAUUUAAUUUCAUUUUUGAUAAAAUUGUGAUACCCGAGAAAAUAGCCAUUCGCCUCCUAAACUCAUCGGAAGUGACCGCGGAGCAGUUCUACAAGCACAUCCUCG